GUGAGAUCGUCGGGGGAUGGGAAGCCCGGCCCCACUCCAGGCCCUACAUGGCCUAUCUGUAUAUAAAAGAUGGAGAGGAGCCUUUGCACUGCGGCGGGUUCCUGGUGGCUAACAUCUUUGUGGUUCUGGGAGCCCAUAACAUCAGCCAGGGGGAACUGAACAGACAAGAUAUCUCUGUGGAUCGCAAGAUCCCACAUGAAGGAUACAACAAGGAUACCCUAAAAAAUGACAUCAUGCUGCUGCAGCUGAAGGAGGAGGCGACUCUGAACGAAUUGGUGGGCACCAUCACUCUGCCCCACGCUAAUGAGAGAGUAAUCUUGUUGAUUUUUAUCUUUCAUGUCUCUCAGCUGAAGGAGGAGGCGACUCUGAACGAAUUGGUGGGCACCAUCACUCUGCCCCACGCUAAUGAGAGAGGCGACUCCGGGGGCCCCCUGGUGUGCGGAGGGACAGCCCAGGGCAUCGUCUCCUGGGGGCCGGACAAAGCUCCCGGGGUCUACACGAAAAUUUCCACCUUCAUCCCCUGGAUCAAAAAGACGAUGAGGACCCUGCAGCCUGGAGCCUGA